GUGGCACAUGGCAGCUGAUGUAGAACUCACGGUGGACCCACAGGUGUCAGAGACCUGAAGCAGAAAACCACAACUUCGGGGCUAGAGGUGGAGCUCAGUGGCAGAGAAAUGGCAGAAAACCAGGGGGUCCAUCUCCAGGGUCAGGAAGAGAAAAACGGAAUUCUUCCAGGUCAAUACCAGAUCUCCCCUUCUCGUGACAGGCUUCCAGGAUCAUGUGGUACACCAGCACCCGGGGAAUGGCCCCACGGGUCAACUUUGAGGGAGCCCUCUUCUCUGGCUAUGCACCAGAUGGGGGCCUCUAUGUGCCAGAGGAGCUCCCACAGCUGGACAGAGAGACCCUGCGUCGCUGGAGCACGCUUUCCUAUCGCAGCCUGGUGAAGGAGCUGUGUGCCCUCUUCAUUGGCCUAGAGCUCAUUCCAAGAGAUGACCUAAACGAUCUGAUUGACCAAGCUUUCAACCGAUUCCGCCACAAAGAUGUGGUCCAUCUGUGCAGGCUGAAGAAUGGGCUGAACAUAUUGGAGCUGUGGCAUGGGGCCACAUAUGCCUUUAAGGACCUGUCCCUAUCCUGCACAGCUCAGUUCCUGCAGUACUUCCUGCAGAAGAGGAAGAAGCAUGUCACCAUUGUUGUAGGAACUUCUGGGGACACGGGAAGUGCUUCCAUUGAGAGUGUUCAGGGAUGCAAGAAUAUGGACAUCAUUGUUCUAUUGCCCAAAGGCCUUUGCACAAAGAUUCAGGAGCUCCAGAUGACAACAGUGCUGAUGGAGAAUGUCCAUGUGUUUGGAGUGGAAGGAAACAGUGAUGAACUCGAUGAACCCAUCAAGGCCGUGUUUGCUGAUGUGCCUUUUGUCCAGAGGCACAACCUGAUGAGCUUGAACUCCAUCAACUGGUCUCGGGUCCUGGUGCAGAUGGCACACCACUUCUUUGCUUAUUUCCAGUGUGCGCCCUCCUUGGACACGCACCCCCUACCCCCUGUGGAGGUGGUUGUGCCAACAGGAGCUGGGGGUAACCUUGCAGCUGGGUGCAUUGCUCAGAAGAUGGGCCUGCCUAUCCGCCUGGUUGUGGCAGUAAACAGCAAUGACAUCAUCCACAGGACUGUCCAGAAGGGAGACUUCUCUCUGGGUGAGGUUGUCAAGCCAACCCUGGCAUCCGCCAUGGACAUUCAGGUGCCGUACAACAUGGAGAGAAUCUUCUGGCUGCUCUCUGGCUUUGACAGCCAGGCAACAAGAGCCCUCAUGGUGCAGUUUGAAAGAACCCAAAGUGUGCACCUACCCAAGGAGCUACAUAGCAAGCUUUCCCAGGCAGUGACAUCUGGGUCGGUGUCUGAUGAAGCCAUCACCCAGACCAUGGGCCGCUGCUGGAAGGAGAACCAGUACCUGCUGUGCCCCCACUCAGCCACAGCGGUGAACUACCAUUACCAGCAGACUAACAAUAGGCAGUCCAGUACCAUCUCCCGGUGCUGCCUGGCCUCUGCCUCUGCAGCUAAAUUCCCAGAAGCAGUCAAGGCUGCUGGACUGACUCCGCAGACUCCUGCAGAGAUCCUAGCCUUGGAGCACAAGGAGACGCGCUGCAUCCCGAUGCGGAGAGGGGAUGACUGGAUGCAGAUGCUGCGGAACACAAUUGAGGGCCUGUCCCAGCGGUGGGAAGGUUGUGCUGUGAACCCCUCACAAUAGCCAGGCUGCGGCUGGCUUGAAGACUCUCGUCCUGGGACCGGCUGGGACAAGAUGGCACAGUAAUUAAGAACUCUUGCUCUUGGGUCUUCCAGAGGACCCAAGAUUAGUUCCAAGUACCCAAGUCAGGUGGCUCACAACCAUGUAUGACUCUAGCUGUAGGGGUUCUGACACCUCUAGCCUCUGUGGGCAGUAUACACAUACAGACACACAUGCCUACCUAUAAUAUAGAAUAAUGAAAAUAAAUAUUUUUAAAAAGUUCCUUGUCCCAGCUGAAUGUGGCAGCACAUGCCUUUAAUUCCAGCAUUUAGGAAGAGACAGACAGGUCUCUGUGAGUUCUAAAUCAGCCUGGUCUACAUGGAAAGUUCUAGGGCAGCCAGAUCUAUAUGGCAAGUUUGUGCUUUUAAGAAUAUGUUCCUGUCCCAGGGAGCUUUGCCCUUGAACAGCUCAUGUCCUGGCUUCUGGGGAAAGCUGCAGCAGGUGUUUCCUGGGAAUCUGCUCCCUUGGCUUUAUUCUGUGAGGGAAGAGUGGCAGCUGGGAUGGAGGGUGGCGGAUCUGGAAAGAGUGGCGGCUGGAGUGGAGGGUGGCAGAUCUGGAAAGGCUCAGCAGGAUCAUUCUUCAUAUGCAAGUUUCUGGAACUGCACCUGAUGGGCCUUGGAUUAGGGUCAGCUUUAGGGAGCCUUAAAAGGUCUUUGCCUUGGGCUGGAGAGAUGGCUCAGUAGUUAAGAGCAUUGCCUGCUCUUCCAAAGGUCCUGAGUUCAAUUCCCGGCAACCACAUGGUGGCUCACAACCAUCUGUAAUGAGGUCUGGUGCCCU